UUUCUAUAAAUACAGGAUCUAUCUCAGCAACAUUCUCAUCCUAAACAAAAAACACAACUAUUUCACAACUCCAAGAAAAAUGAGUUCCAAACUGAUUCUUCUUCUCGGCCUUUUCUUAGCUGUGGCUCUUCUGGUUUCUUCAGAAGUAGCUUCAGCCAGCAGAGAACUCGCUGAGACCACUAAUGCCGUUGAUCCAUCUGAGGAAACCGAAGGAGAUGCAGCCAAAGACCAAGGAGGCUAUGGAGGUUAUCCCGGCGGCGGAUAUGGAGGUUACCCUGGCGGAGGACGCGGUGGAGGCGGCUAUGGCGGUGGACGCGGUGGUGGAGGCUAUGGUGGAGGACGCGGUGGAGGCGGGUAUGGGGGAGGACGCGGUGGGGGCGGUGGCGGGCGUGGUGGGUACUGCCGCUACGGGUGCUGCGGGCGGAGCUACAACAGAGGCGGUUGCAGGUGCUGCACUUUUGCCGGUGAAAAGGCGGACGUCGACAUUCAGAACUAAGCAAAGCAAGGCAGCCUUAUAGUUAAAUUAAGCCUAAGAUGUAAUGAAUAAAAUGCAUGGGUACAUACAUGCUCGUGAUGUGCCGCUUUUACUUGUUAUAUAUUUGCUGUAACCGUGUGAUUUAUGUAAUUUUGCUUUCGCUAAUACACCACCUUUUACGUAUUAGUUUUGCAUAUAAAUUAAAAAUCCUGUUUUUAAA